GUCGACUCUCGUAAUCAAACCCAUAUCAGUACUCUCUGUUUUUCUCUCUUCAAGAUUCAACCGCCAUGAAAGACGACCAGCAACGCCCUCUUCACCUCCAUACGCACCAACGAAGCAGAUUUCCCAUCACCAAGCUCUUCACUCACACCACCGCCUACGUUGUCCUCGUCUUAUUCAGCUACGCCAUGGGUUAUCUCUCUCACUCCUCUCCUACCCAGCAACAGCAGCAGCAACUUCCCCAACUAACUCCUCCUCCUCCUCCUCUUCCGGUUUCCCUACUCGACAGCUUCCGAGUCACCGCUCAGUGCUCCAACUCACCCGUCCCUCCGCACCUCGUCUUCCCAACCAUACUCGAUCGAGUAUUCAAUAACACCUCCCCCUACUCGAAUUUUCCGCCAGCCUACCUUCGAGCUUUCCUCAGGGGAAAAAGAAUCAAAGGCUGGGGAUCCAACGGCGCCGUUUUCGAACACUUGAUCGAACGAGUCAAACCCCGAAUUAUCAUCGAAGUGGGCACUUUCUUGGGCGCAUCAGCUCUCCACAUGGUCAACGUGACUCUCAAACUCGGCCUCAAAACUCAGAUACUCUGUCUCGACGACUUCCGUGGAUGGCCGGGUUUCAGAUACCGUUUUAAGGACAUCAACAUGAUAAACGGCGACGUUUUGUUGCUUCAGCAGUUCCUCCAAAAUGUGGUCUAUUUCAAUGCGACCGAGUCGGUUUUACCCGUUCCGUUCUCAACGGGUUCGGGUCUGGAGAAGCUAUGCGAGUGGGGAAUAAAAGCGGAUUUGAUAGAGAUCGAUGCGGGGCAUGAUUUCAUAUCCGCUUGGGGAGAUAUUAACCGGGCGUAUCGGCUGUUGAGACCCGGUGGAGUAAUUUUUGGGCAUGAUUAUUUUACUGCGGCGGAUAACCGCGGAGUAAGAAGGGCAGUAAAUUUGUUUGCAAAAAUGAAUAAUCUCAGGAUCAAGACAGACGGUCAACAUUGGGUGAUUGACACUAAUUCAAAAAAUGCACUCCAAAAGCAUUAGCAAAGA